GCGGGCCCCGCCCCCUGUUGCCGGCGGGCCGCGCGCUAUUGUCCGGCGGGGCCGGGCCGCGGAGCGGCAGCUGCGGCAGCGGCAGGAGGAGCAGGAGGAGGAGGAGGAGGAGGAAGAAGAGCAGCCGGGCCGGGCCGGGCCGGGGCAGCCGAGAGGAGCCGCCCGUGCAAGGCGGGGGGGCCGGCCGGGCCCUCGCUCUGCAGGAUGCUGCGGCGCUGAGCACGGCGGCGAUGUGACCUACAUUCCCGCGAGGAAGGUGCCCCCCGCCCCGGGCACACGCCGGCCUCGCGCUGCGGCUCCGCCAUGAAGCGGCGCAGGUGAAGCGGAGGCUGUCGCCGCAGCGGGCCGCGCAUGGGAGGUGGCGGGCCAUGGCCAGCUCGGCACCAUGGCUGUGCUGGACGGAGCAGGACCUGGGCAGCGGCUCCUGGGAGCCGAGGCACUGGGAGGAAGAGGAAGAGGAGGAUUUUGAGGAGCAUGUUGGCGAGAACGGCGUCAUCGGCCUGGAGGAUGCUGCGGCCGUGGCCCGUGGGCCGAGGAGCUGCCGUUUGGCGGAGGCGCUCGGCCGGCAGGUCCUGGAUCCCGCCGCGCACGCGAUGAGUUUCAGCCGCUGGAAGCUGCAGGAGUUUGGUCUGCGGGAGCCGGGCACAGACGGGGAGGACGCCAGGAGCCCGCCGCUGGGGGACGGCGAGGAGCCAGGUGACGGGACGCGGGCGGACCUGGCUUACUGGCACCCGCGGCAGGACGUGACCGAAGAGGACGAGGAGCCGGGCAGCUCGGGGGACGAGGAGAGGCCGGAGGGGCCCUGGGAGGGCGAGAGCGACGGGGAGACGUACCCGGAGCUCUCCUACGAGGGCCAGUGCGGCUCCGAGUACAGCGGCAGCCCUGAGGCGCUGCCGGACGGCCCAGCUCUCCGCGGCCCCCCUGAGAAAUCGCUCAGCUUCAGCACGGACGGUGGGGAGACGUCGGCGCCAUCCGACGCCAGCCCCAGCCCUUCCCCUGCCCGCCAACAGCAGCCAGGCCACAGAGUGCCCGGUGGCACCUCCGAGAGCCCCGGCGCCGUGGUGGAGCCGGUGUCACCCUGCCCCUCGGGCAGCAGCCCCCGGCCGAGCCCGCCGGCCGGCUCCGGCCACUGGAGCCUGAGCCGCAGCCUCCUGCUCCACCUCUCCGCCGACGACCUCCGCGACGCCACCGGCAUCGAGGCGGAGCCCUUCCCCGAGUCCGGCGCCGAGAGCAGUGGGGAGCCGCCCGGGCCAGGGCCGCCGGCAGCCGCCGGGGGCUUGGUGCCCGCCGGGGAGCACCGGGGCAGCGGCCGGCCCCUCGGCGGGUGCCGGGCGGCCAGGAGAGCGGCGCCGGCAGCGCUGCCGCCCGAGCUCGGCCGGCAAUCGAGGUCGCUGAGCCCCCGGCGCCCCGCCGGCGCGAGGAAGACCAAGGGCUCGCCCAAAGCCGAUGGCCCCCGGGCGGCUGAGAGCCCGCGGUACGGCCGGGGGCCGCUCAACUACCCGCUGCCUGACCUCUCCAAGGUGGAGCCGCGGGUGAAGUUCGACCAGAGCUAUCGGCCGCCCCGCAGCCGAGCCCUGCCCGCCGGGGCCGGGGGCCAGAGCGGCCCCGUCAUCUUCAAGUCGCCGGCCGAGAUCGUCCGCGAGGUGCUGCUGAGCAGCGGGGAGGGGUCGCCGCCGCGGUGCCCGGCACCCGCCGCCGAGCUGCCCCCGCAGUUCAGGUGCCCCAAGCAAGCCACCGAGCUGGUGCAGCAGCUGCAGGACGACUACCGCAAGCUGCUGACCAAGUACGCCGCGGCCGAGAACACCAUCGACCAGCUGCGGCUGGGCGCCAAGGUGAGCCUGUACGCCGACCUGCCGAAGCCCAGCCACAGCGUCCACAUGGGGACCGUGGGGACCGGCUCCAAGGUCAUGGCCUUCAGCAUCCCACAGGCGAGGGCGGCGGCGAUCAGCGCUGCCCCUGCCCCAGCCCUGCGGCCCUCUCUGGAUGGAGAGCCAGCACAAGGAGCAGCCAGCCAGGGGAUGUCACCUCAGCCUCGUUUUCCUCCUUUGCCCAGUGCGGGCUGCUCUGCAUGCCCAGGAGAGUGCAGGUGCCCAGGGCAGCACCCAUGCCUGGGAACCCAGCUCACGCGGACACUGGCGGGACAAACCCGCAAGUUUCAGGCUCAGGUGGAGUCCUUCGAAGCCUGGGUCCAGGCGGGAAAGUCCACACCACAGGAGCAGCUCCAGAGAUUUAGGAAGCUGAAGGACACUCAGGACGUGCUGGAGCGAGCAUAUCUGCAAGCCCGGGAGGAGAACCGCAGGCUGCAACAGCACCGGGGAGCCUCAGGGGAGUUUGAUCCAGACCGCACGGUGGAAGGGGAGAUAUUCUGCCUGGGGAUGCGCCUGGAGGAGCUGAAGGAUCGGCUCGAGCGAGCGGCUCAGAGCCAGCUCUCUCCACGGAGCUGUUUGGAGCCGGGCUCUUCUCCCGACCGCUCGCUGGUGCCACUCUCGGAGACGCGCAUGUCUUCCCCGACUCCCUCCCUGCAAGCGCCGACGCCAGCCGCGCGCACCCCCUACCCCGAGAGCCCCGUGCUGCAGGAGGCCCUCGCCAGCACCCGGCCGGGCACAGGCGCAAGCUCUGCGAGCGGGGAGAGCGAGGCAGGAGGGGAUGAGCUCCCCGAGCCCGUCUGGCACAAGCAGCUCCAGGUGGAGGAAGACUUCGGUGACCUGCUGGAGCAGUACGAGCACUUCAAAUCCUUGCCAGCGUCGCUGAGCCUGGAGCAGCUGAGCCUGGCAGGGAGCCGAUCCCCAGAGGAGACGGAUGGGCCUGCGGCAGAGGAGAGUGGCCUGGGCAAGGUCUCCUGCAGGACACGGUCACUAGAGGAGAGGACUGACCUCAGGACCUCUUCCUUGCAGCCCCCGGACAGGAGAGCGGGGCCGCUGCCCCGCAGGGAGCACCCGCGGCCGGCGCAGAAGAGCGGCCGCCUGCCCUCCGCCGGCAACGAGGAGCCGCUCGCCGCGGCCACGACGGCCGAGUGCCCGGCAGGGCUCCCCGAGCCGCCGCGGCUGCGGGCGCCGCUCUCCCGCCGCAGCAGCAGGGCGGACAGCGCUGCCUCCCAGUGCCGGCUCCGCGAGCGCUGCCGACCGGCGAAACCUGCCCAGGCCGAGGAGCAGCGUAUCGUGUCGCCGGAGACGGACAGCGGCUUCGUGGGCUCGGAGGCCAGCAGGGUGUCUCCGCUGAUGCACACGCCGGAGCACCGGCCCCCCGGCGCUGGGACGCCUGGCUCGCUGGGAAGAUCUGGCCCCGUCUCCACUCCCGCAGCCCUCCGUCCGCUGCAGAAGAGCGAGGCAGCCCCGCUUCCCUCAGGAAAGGCGCUGAUGGGCACCUACACGACCUCCGGGCAUGGGCCGCCCCGGGACAGCGCGCGGGGUACCAGCCUGCCCCCAAGCACUCCCUCGCAGACCAGCUCCCCUCCCCGGUGGGCAGAGAGCGUCGCCAGCGAGAUGGCACCCGACGUGGAGGGCACUCACACGGACUCGGAGGCGGAAGGGCGGAGCUGUGCCAGCGCUUACAGCCACCCGCCUGGUAAGACCGGGGGUCCGGCCGGCUUGGCCACCACAAUGCUGUCCCCCACCCAGGCUCACCACGACCUGCUGGGCUCCCGCAUGGAGCGCGACCGGGCCAUCCGCGCGCUGCGGGACGAGGUGUCGCGGCUGCAGCAGAGGCUGGAGGAGAGCUUGCACCGGUCGCGCAGCUACCCCGAAGGAAAAGCCUCGCUGCGUACUGCGACGGCCCAGAGGCAGACGACAGGGAACGGACCGUCCCCCAAGGACGCGGCACCCUCCGAGGAGCUGAGCGCCGCAGCGCGGGGGAAGCCGGCCCCGGCGACCAAGCCAGUGCCGAGGGGCAGAUCAGCAUCGCUGCCGCGGGACAGGCCGGAGCUGGACCUCACCUCGGAGUCAGACCGCUUGCCAUCCAAGCCCCGGGACGGGCGGCCCAGGGCCGCGCUCUCCCCUCGGAAGAGCCCUCGGAGCCCGCCGGACGCGGUGACGUUUAGGGGCCAGUACACAGGGACGCGGUACCACGCGACGCCGCUCGCCUCGCCGGCACCGAGAGGAGAGCCAGGUACCCCUUCGUGCCCCCGCUGCUGCGGGAGCCAUCCGCCGUCCGGUGAGCAGCCCGCCAGUUCCUCAGUGGGAGACGCAGUGAGACAGUCCCAGCAGAGCACUCCGAGGAAGACGCGCUGUCCCACAUGCCACGCACCCAGGGACGCCCCCGCACCCAACCCCAGGGACAGAGCAGCACACGCGGAGCGCAGCUCGGAUGGCACGUCGUCCCCAAGCUCCCGCGUCGGUCCCCGAGCCGAGAAGCUGGAGCAGCCUGGACUUUGGUACUUGGCAGCCAGCCCUGCUGCAGCCGCUGUCGGCUACCUUGCACCAGUCCCCCUCGUGCCUUAUGCGCCCUCCGUGCUGUACUGCUCCCCAGUGGUAUCUACCUCAGCCCCAGCGCUGGCUGGCCUCCCCCUCCAUCACGCCGCAGGGUACCGGCUGGCAGAGCGGACGCCACGGGCCACUCGCCAGCAAGCUGCCAGCCACCGCUACCCCCUCUCCCUGGACCUCGAUGACUUGGAGGACCUCAACUGGUCCCUGUCCCGUGCCGUGGAGGCUGCCAAGAGCAUGAAGUUCACCACGAAGCAGAUGAGCCGGUCGCUGACUUCUGAACUGAGCAAAGCCCGGGACCUCCGGGGAUCCUGCCUCUUCUGACGGGAGCUGGACGUGGCUGCGGUGAAGCUGGGAAGCUGGCAGGAGUCCAGGAGAAGGCCUGGGGAGUGAUGUGCCAAAGCGACUCAUCCAUCCCUGCCUUCUCAGCAGGCAGCAGGAGGAUCCUGCCCCUCUGCGCUGGAUGCUCCCUACCAGAUCUGGAGGCAGCUCUGUCUGAGCCGAGGCUGGAAGCAUCUCUGCCAGGUCCUAAACCUGCUCCCAGCCCACAUCACAGUUGCCUUAACCCUCCUCUCCUGCGUCACUCAUCCGCGGGGAGGGUGCUGCAUCCACCCCCCCAAAGGUGGGUGCUCUGCCCCAGGGCACCUGAAGCUCUGCCCCCUCUGCCCUGAACCAGGAGCAUUUGGGCUGGUUUACGUGUUUUCUGAGUGCGGUCCUCAUUCCUGGUGCCUGUAACGAUUCCCUUCAGCUCCAUCCCCUCCGCGUGCCUCUCCGGCUGGCCCCGCGCUGCCCGAGGCCGGUGCUGCUGGCGAGCCGGGAGCUUCCUUGGGACGCUCCGCUUUUGUGUCAGUCUUAUUGCAAUAGGGGCUGAGACCCUGCUUGCAGCCACGUUUACCUCACGUCCGCCAGCAGGAGAUGCGCAUGCAGAAAUACCUGCGGUUCUGCUUUAUGUCCAAAGGCAAAUGCAGAAGGAACUGCAUUAGAAACAUCUGGAUAGUUUAAUUUAUGUUACUGGCUUUCUAGCCUUGCACUUAAACUUCGCUUCACUGGCGCUGCCUUUGCGACGGGUGAGCCACGGCGCUGGAAGGGGCUUUGCUCUCCCCGUCACAAAGGAAGUUUCCCCUCCCCGGCCCCUUUCCCCCCCCCGGCCCUCCCGCUCCAGUGCCAUUUAUAGCUGCUGCUGGGAAUUGAGGCCAUUUCUGCAAGCCCUUCGGCACCGUCUUCACCAGACCGGGCGCUAAUGCCCUGCUCUUCCCGGCUCGGCAAAGACGUGGGCUGUUCACAGGCUUGGCUGCUUCGAGCCUGCGCCUGCGGUUUUGGGGCAAGACUGGGGGGUUUUUGGUACUGCCUCCGUAUUUGAACCCCCAACCAGCAUUUGGCCUCCCCGCGAGUGGGUGGCGUGGGCAGGCACCCCGGCCUCCCGCUCCCCAGCGGCGGAAUGGGCUUCGCCGCGCUCCCAGCGCCUUUUUCAUCUUCCCUUUUUCCAUUUUUCCCCCGGCAAUGGGAGAGGGACGGGAGGAAGACGAGGGACAAACCUCUGUCGUGUGACCCGAAUCGCAUUGGGCUUAGGCCCUGGAAAGCUCAUUUGUGUGUUCCUAUAGGAAUUUUUACUUCAAGGUAGCUAGCAAGUAACUAAAUCACUCUUUUGGGGUUGAUUGUCAGUAUACGAUACAUGUGUGUGUAUAUAUGUAUAUAUAUAUACAUGCAUAUAUAUAUGUAUAUAUAUGUUUUCUUUUAUUUUUUUUUAAUUUCCAGCAUAAUCCUGAGGGCAUUUGAGUUUUCUCAUGUAAUUUAUUGCUGCAGUUUUUAAGCGGCCCUUGAGCGUGCGUUCAUGCGUGUUUUGCGGCUGCGCCGGGGGCGUCGGGGCUGUCCCAGCUGGGGCCAGCGCCGACGCCGCGUGUCCCUCCGCGCAGGUGGGACGGAUGGCGGGACAGCCGCAGCCGCCUGCCGCACGUCCCUCUCCCCACACAGCUGCUGCUUUCCACCCGUGGCGGCAGAAAAAGAGAGGUUUGGGGGGGUUUCCCGGGGAGCUGCCCGUGAAGACGCCCUCCCGGGAAAGACUGAUGGGCGAAGGGCACGCAGGGCUAUUUUUAAAGCAAAUCUGAGUGUGGGUGUUUGCAUAUAUGGGUAUCUGUGUCCAAAAAAACCAGUGGAAACCACUGAUGAGAAAUAAAAAUAACCCGAUACCCCGCUGGGCUUCUGCGGGGCGAGGGCGCAGAAUGCGGCCGCAGAAUGAGGCUGGCGGUGUUUAAGUGUCCGAAACGCAAUAGCAAGGAGCCACGAUGACGUUUUUCAGCGUCUCUUAUUUUGUAAUGAACAGCAGAGCCGUUUGGGCGGUAUUUUGUAAUAAGAGAAUUGCCUAUUUUUUAACAAAAUAAAUGUCGUUUUGCUUUUUUUGUUGUUUUUUAAAA